CUAUUAUAGCGUUAAAUAAAAUCCUUUGAAAGCACACUUUUCUAUUGGAUGCCAUACAUUGAAGGAAAAACGCGAUAUCUUGCAUUAUCAUUGGUGUAUAUUUACAUAUUUUUCAACUAAACUUUUCUAAAAUGUCGUCCAGUAGUCGUGUUUUGUGAAAGCAGCCAAUCUAACAUCAAUCGGAUUCGAUGCUUUUCACGUGCAGAAAAAUGUACAGUGAUGUAAUAGUUUUUCAAAGUUGAAAUGUAAUACUCGAUUGCUACGACGCUAUUAAGCUUAAUUUAAUAACAAUAAAACUUGAAUUAAUUUUGUUUUAUUUUAUUUUACUGUGUUAAGAGCGCGUAGAUCUCUAUCGUUCCAUACAAUGGGAAUACAGAUUUCAAAAAACUACGUAUAUUAUUUAAAAACAAGUGGCAUCUGUGUUGUAGUGCUUGGAAAUUUUUGGUUCUUGUAUCAAUUGCGACAGAUAUCUCGAACCCUUCAAGCUGCUAUUAACACAAAUGUUCUAAAUUUGGAACAAGCACACGCACAAUACAUUUAUAUUGACGACCCUCGAUUCAAUGAUGUCUUUAUGUUUAGAAAGAAUAAAGACUUAAAUGGAAUUGUGCAAAAGAGAUCACAGAGUCUCAGUGAUAUUUUAAAGAGAUGGUGGAAAAUAAAGAAUCAUAAAGUUGCAUAUAAGUUACUAUCUAUGGCGCAACAUGGGGAUAGAAACGAAAAAUUCAAAGCUGUGACUGCUCUCGGUUCUGUCAUACACUUGAAAGAUUGGCAAUAUCGUCACUUAGCACAGAUGUUAGACGCUAGAACAGCAGUAUCCCUUGCAAGAAUGCCAAAUGUAAAUUCGAAAUUCUUUUUGCAACCACCGUACUAUCAUGUACAAUAUAAUUUACAUGAUGUGCUUGAAAAAGUACACUUAUUGCUGCUACAGCUGAAUACUUUAUGUGAUAACACACAUCUCUGUCUUACACAAUUUCUUAGUAAAAAAUUCAAAGACUUGCAUCGAUAUCUCGAAUGGUUUGAUCAUGACUCAGCAAGCGUGGGUCUUUCUGUGGAACCAACAACAGUUUGGGAUAAUGAACUACUCAAGAACUGCAUUCAAGCGAUAUGUCAUCAUUCUUCUGUAGAACAGUAUAGCAAACAUCUGGUCGAUGCUGGAGCUUUGCCAAUAUUAAUAACGAUACAGAAAAUGUUCAGCGAUGACAUAGAAAUGUGCAUAUUGCUUGCGAGAAUAAUAUGCAAUAUAUCUCUUCAUUCCAAAUAUUUAGAGAGCAUCUACGAAUCUGGCUGGAUCGGUAUAUUGCUACGUUGGUCCCGCAGCGAUGACAUCCGUUUAUCGGCGCUGGCAACUUCUGCAUUAGCAAACUUGGACGUGGAUGGAAACGAGAAGGCGAAAUAUCCGCAGAAUGUUUAUCUUCUUUACCCUCUGCAUAGAGUUCACGCAACUACGAAGAUGGAUGUCGUGUUUCUGCAUGGACUGCUAGGUGGAGUUUUCGUUACCUGGAGACAACGUGAUGUAAACACCUCUGCAUUUGAAGUUAUAGAUGAGAAUAUGUUGAAUGAGACCACAGAUUAUUUACCUACUAUGACCGAUGAUGAUCGUCCUGAGGAAUACUUUAAAGACUUGGUUCGCGAUCUACACUUGUAUGAAUGGAGAAAAUUAGGUCACGAUUUCGAAAUUGUACUGGACGAUUGUCCGCUCAACACGAAACGAAAUGCUGACGCGUGCGGACCUUACUUUUGCCGAGGAAAUGAUGCCUGCAUGACGAGUGCCUCUACAACGCGAUGUUGGCCCAAAGAUUGGUUACCCAAGGAUAUACCAUCCUUACGAAUCAUAGGUGUUAACUAUGAUACUAGUUUAUCCAUGUGGACGCCUUACUGCCCAAUAGAAAGUAUGAGGAGCAAUAUUAAAGAGAGAAGCGAGGAAUUUGUUACCAAAUUGACAAUGGCAAAUAUAGGGCAGCGGCCACUUAUAUGGGUUGGCCACUCAAUGGGUGGAUUGUUAGUUAAAAAAAUGCUUGUAGAAGAGUGGAAAACUGGAGAUAAACACGGUAUCUGCAAGAAUACUAAAGCUAUCCUAUUUUAUGGUACUCCUCAUCGAGGUUCCCAUCUGGCGGCUCUAAAGCAAACAACGCAAAUGUUGGUGUGGCCUACGGUCGAAGUUCAAGAGCUACGUGAAGGAUCGCCGCAAUUGUUAAAAUUGCACGAAGAGUUUCUAAAAAUGUUAGAGGAAUAUCAUAUAGAGAUUGUGAGUUUCGCCGAGGCCAAACCGACGCUUCUAACCGCACUGAAGUUUCCCUUCCAAUUCGUCAGCCUUGAAUCGGCAGAUCCUGAUGUGGGAGAAUUCUUCGAGAUUGCACAGGAUCAUUUAUCAAUAUGCAAACCAGCUGGCAGGCAAUCCUUUUUGUACCAGAAACUUCUCAGUGUGCUCAGACAUCAUGUUAACCCUCAGAUAAAAACGACUAUUCCUUGGAUCAGGGACACACUUUCUACAUUACUUUAGGUAUGAAUUAUACGUAUUAAUAUAUAUGUAUCAUAAAAGUUUUAUAUAUUUUUCUAUUUUAAAACUGUACGAAACUGAAUGUCAUUGUGUGAAUUAUAGAAAAAACUCGCAAUAACAUGUA